AUGUGGCGGAUCCUGUGCACGAUCUGCGUAACGUCACUUUGGAUACAGCGAAACCGAGUAGUUCACCAAGGUGGGCGAGUUUCACAAGAAAGCAGCGUGAGAGAAUUCAGGCAAGCAGCAGGGCGACACUUACGUGCGCUGGCUAAACGAGAGCGGAGGAAACCGCACACAAUGGUCCAGGGCAUACGGCUACUGCUCUGCCUAGAUAUGUAUGACUGCCCCCUACAUGAGACACCACAACAAGUGGUGAGCCACGUAAGGCCACCGGGCUCUUUGCAGACACCGGCGCUGAUAUCCUGGCUUAGGACUUACCAGACAUCUUGUAUUUAA